UCGAGGAGAAAGCAGCGACAAACGUCGCCAGCAGAUUCAGUAUCGCCCCAAAAACCUCUGGAUUUAUGCGAUAUUCGGUGAACUGACGCGUAUAUUGAUUGUAUAUCCCUUCGCCUCGUGGAUGAGCUUGUGUUCAACGUUUUCCCCGCGUGAAUCUCCACCUUAAUGCGGUGGGAUGGCCACAGUGCCGCCUGGGCCUAGUAGCGCACUGCCUGCAUCCCCGGCUGAGAGUCCUCCUUUCCCCGGGGCUGGGAGCGCGGAGCCGGCGGGGGCAGACGGACAGCCGGCCUGCCGCAGGGACGACUGCGGACCCGCCGGCACAGGGAAGACGUCGGAGCCGGUAAGCGACGUCAACAGGUCGGUCAACAAGAAGCAGAAAAACAUGCUAGCUCGAGCUAGCCCGGCGGCGCUGCACCUCAAAAUGCAAGCCCGAGAGCAGCAGCAGCUGAACGGCUUGGCCAGCCCCUCAGAGGCCGCUGACAGCCACCAGCACACAGGAAACCGACCCGACAACCCGAGACCGUCCGUGGACAACUGUGACAGCAGCAGCAGCGGCAGCACCGAGGAGGCUCCGGUCGACAGAAACAAUAGUGAGCACUGCCAGCAUGAAGGCCACAGCCCCUUCUCCAAAAACGGCAGCCUCUCUCCGCUGGUUAACAAUAGCAUGAACGGGAUGCCGGCGCUAACGAGGACUGAGGCGGCCCGCAGCCAACCCGGGGACGACGGGAAAGAGGAGUUUGACCUUACGGAGCCGCCGAGACCGCCGAGCUCCGAGCCGCCGGACGCCGGGCCCGGCGGAGGGGAGAGCCCCGCUGACCCGCAGCAGCAGCAGCCGCCGGCCGCGGAGCUGGCCCGGCUCGACCUAAGCGGCUCUCCCGGCCGGGCGGAGGAGGAGGACAGCCACGGCAUCCGAUAUGUCCGCUACGAGUCCGAGCUGCAGAUGCCGUGGAUCAUGAGACUGAUCACCAAGGACUUGUCUGAGCCUUAUUCAAUUUACACCUACAGGUACUUCAUCCACAACUGGCCGCAGCUCUGCUUCCUGGCCAUGGUGGAGCAGGAGUGUGUCGGAGCCAUCGUAUGUAAGCUUGACAUGCACAAGAAGAUGUUCCGUCGUGGCUACAUCGCCAUGCUGGCCGUGGACUCGAAACACAGAAGGAAAAGCAUCGGUACUAAUCUGGUGAAAAAGGCCAUCUAUGCCAUGGUGGAGGGAGACUGUGACGAGGUUGUAUUGGAGACUGAAAUCACCAACAAAUCAGCCCUGAAGCUGUACGAGAACUUGGGUUUUGUCAGAGACAAGCGGCUGUUCAGAUACUACCUGAACGGAGUGGACGCGCUGCGGCUCAAACUGUGGCUGCGCUAAGAGGAAAGAAGAGGGGACGGGGGAGGACGGGACAGCGGGUGCUGUUCACCUCGUAACGCUACCGGCUUGACAGCCUCAGCUCUGCCCUGGUCAUUUCACUCUACACACACACACACACACACACACACACCUGUGUACAAACAUAAGGAGUAUGCACAUACGCAUAGACACGCAGACACACCCUCUUUUUGUCCUUGACCUCCGAACAACUGUUGUUUAGGCAGAAACGAACUGACACCUGAUUAAAGGGCCCCCGAUACUUCCUGUGACGAGGACGGGGGGGCGAGCGAGGGUGGUCUCUGGGAUGACCUUGACUGGGGACUAGAUGACCUUUUGACCUUCAAGCUUGGACGCCACAUUGAACAUGAGGCAGCUCGAGCGAGGGCGUGCGUCCGAACCCCAGAGGACAGACACAGCGGAUCCUCCUUCAGAACACAAACAGACUUAAAGAAAAACAACAACAACGCGUGAAACAAGGAAGCGGUAAAAAAAACAGACUGGGAAGAAAAUAUUUGUGGAGUUUAUUUUUGUGUUUCUUUUUUAACCUUGUGAGUUGGACGGGGGACGGGAAAAAGCUAAAGUAUGACUGUG